GGGAAAUAUUUUAAUGUGAAAUCAAAUCUUGUGAAACAUCAGAAAAUUCACACCGGGGAGAAGCCAUUUCCAUGUCCUGAUUGUGAGAAGUGUUUUAUUCGAAAAGAACAUCUUGAUUUACAUCUGAGAACUCACACAGGAGAGAAGCCAUAUUCAUGUCCUGAAUGUGAGAAAUGUUUUACUCGUAAAUCAAGUCUUGUGAAACAUCAGAGAAUUCACACAGGAGAGAAGCCAUUUUCAUGCACUGAAUGUGGGAAGUGUUUUACUCAGAAAUCCAGUUUUGUGACACACCUGAGAACUCACACAGGAGAGAAGCCAUAUUCAUGUCCUGAAUGUGAGAAAUGUUUUACUCAAAAAUCAAGUCUUAAUGAACAUCAAAGAAAUCAUACAGGAGAGAAACCAUUUUCAUGUCCUGAAUGUGAGAAGUGUUUUAAUCAGAAAAAACAUCUUGAUUUACAUCUGAGAACUCACACAGGAGAGAAGCCAUAUUCAUGUCCUGAAUGUGAGAAAUGUUUUACUCAAAAAUCAAGUCUUAAUGAACAUCAAAGAAAUCAUACAGGAGAGAAACCAUUUCCAUGUCCUGAAUGUGAGAAGUGUUUUAAUCAGAAAGCUCUUCUUGAUUUACAUCUGAGAACUCACAGAGGAGAGAAGCCAUAUUCAUGUCCUGAAUGUGAGAAGUGCUUUAGUGAUAAAUCAAAUCUUGUGAAACAU